AGAUUGAUUUUGAGGAGCACUAAGCCCGCCCACCUUUUACCCUCAUACUUGGGUGGAUAUAUAGAAUUCCUCUAUUUACUAAUUACCCCUUAACUACACAGAACACAGAAAACCCUAGCCGCUCGACUUCAAGAGAUGGCGAAGUCAAAGAAUCACACAGCUCACAACCAAUCUUACAAGGCUCACAAGAACGGCAUCAAAAAGCCAAAGAGGCACCGUCACACUUCCACCAAAGGGAUGGAUCCUAAGUUUCUCAGGAACCAGAGGUAUGCAAGGAAGCACAACAACAAAAAUGGGGAAAUCGCCACCGAAGAAGAGUAAACUGGCUUUAUUUUUAAUGCAGUGAAAAUCCAGUACUCUAACAGCGUUUUUGCUGGUUUUUGUUGAACACUAUUGAAUUUUUAUCAUAUGAAUAUUUAGUUGAUUGUGUUUUCACUAAGUGCUACUGUAAUGUUCAAUGCGUGCUUAAAUUUUAUUUUAGGUGUCCAUUGACAGUUGUUGCUUUAUUCUUAUAAUUGUGAUCUACAAUGAUAGUAGUCAUGUCCCUAUUAUGAUUUA